GAAAAUACCUCCAGCUGGCCGCGCGCGCUCCCGGUCCGCUGACAGCUCCGCGGCGGCGUGUGAGAGACUGAAGCUCGGGGUUCGGGCCGAACAGGACUGGGGGAGUCCCGCUUCCACUGCCGGAGCGCUCGGUGAGCGGGAGGAUGAACUGGAACUCGGGCGUCUCUCUACUGUGUGGCUAACUUCCCUCCCACCUGUCCUCCACCUCCUCUUCAUCAUGUCUCCAGUUUACUCCUCUCCCAAAUACAUCACCGGCUCCACCCUGCUCAGCCCUUACCGCCCCUAUGACCCAUACGACCCCACCCUGAGCUACAUCUCCCGCGGCCAGCCUCAGGCCUCCAGAUACUCGCCCUCUACCUCCCGCUACCUCACUACCGGCCCCUGCCUGGCCAGAGUGUCCCUCUCUCUACCCCAGGAGCCGGAGCGAGGCAGAGCCAUCCCCCGGGGCGACCCUCGGUCCACCCGCCGAAGUGAGAGCUCCAGCCGGAUGCAGGUGAAGGGUCCAGUGACUCUGCCGAAUGGCCCGAGAGGAUGCUUGCCUGCUCAGACUGGGUUUCCCACUACCUCACCCCUGUCAAGGUGGCGCCGGUCAGUCAGCCAGUCAGAUCUGGCCCAGGAGCUGGCCACAAUGGAACUGUGUGAGCACGGUGAGGGGGAGAGAAGAGCUUACCCAACCAGAGAGAAUGUAGGCACGGCACGUACAACCUGCUCAGGACCAUUCUACUGGAGCUCAGAGAAUUCCAAGAAUGCUCAGGGACUCGUGGGCCUGAGGAACCUGGGGAACACUUGUUUCAUGAACUCCAUCCUGCAGUGUCUAAGCAACACGCACGACCUGCGGGACUACUGUUUGCGGAACACACACCGCACCGACCUCAACAACAACUGCAGGGCCAAUGCAGCUCUUAUGGAGGAGUUUGCCAAGCUCACUCAGAUUCUCUGGACAUCAGCGAGCAAUGAAGCCAUCAGCCCCUCUGACUUCAAAACCCAAAUUCAGAAAUACGCCCCUCGUUUUGUGGGCUACAAUCAACAGGAUGCUCAGGAAUUCCUUCGCUUCCUCCUAGACGGGCUUCACAAUGAGGUGAACCGAGUUUCGGUCAGGCCCAGAGUGCCCGUAGAGGACUUUGACCACCUCUCGGAUGACGAGAAGGCUAAGAGAAUGUGGAACAAGUAUCUGGAGAGAGAAGACAGUAAAGUAGUAGAUCUGUUUGUGGGCCAGUUGAAGAGUUCACUGACCUGCAGUGAGUGCGGCUUCUGCUCCACCGUAUUCGAUCCGUUCUGGGAUCUGUCUCUACCUAUCGCCAAAAGCUCUGGGGAGGUGGCUCUGAUAGACUGCCUUCGGCUUUUCACUAAGGAAGAUGUGCUGGAUGGCAAUGAAAAACCAACAUGCCAAAGAUGUAAAGCAAGGCGAAAAUGCACGAAGAAAUUCUCCAUCCAGAAAUUCCCCAAAGUCCUCGUGCUUCACUUGAAACGCUUCUCUGAAGCUCGCGUCAAGACCGCCAAGCUGUCCACCUUCGUCAACUUUCCCAUCAAAGAGCUGGACCUGCGGGAAUUCGCCUCAGACAACAGCAUGAACGCCAUUUAUAACCUGUAUGCAGUGUCCAAUCACACGGGCACCACUCUGGGUGGUCAUUAUACUGCAUAUUGCCGCAAUCCAUCCACAGGAGAGUGGUACACGUACAACGACUCCAGGGUGAGUCCCAUGUCGUCCAGCCAGGUGCGCAGCAGUGAUGCCUACGUGCUGUUCUAUGAGCUCGCGCUGUCCUCGCGCAUGUGAUGAGAACAGUCCUCAUCUCGAUGUGAAGAUGGACAGAUAAGUCAGGGACAGGACAGUUACAGGACAGUAAAGGCUGGUGGCUAACAGAUAGCCUGUGCCCAGAGUGGCAGACUGACUUUAAAGUUGAUAGACAGAGGCUGAACUCUGGUCAAGACCUGAUCGUUUCUAAGAAGCCUGGGACUCAAUUUUCAAACAUGCUUCCGUAUAAGGGCUUCCCCGUCCCGUAAUGGAGACUACUGCUGCUGCUGCUGCUCAAGGGAUGGGGAUGAAAUACACACUCCUCCGAGGAAGAGAGAGAGAAACUGGAACACUACCUCUCAUAGCUGAGCAGGACUGUGUGUGUGUGUGUGUUUGUGUGUGUGUGUGUGUGUGUGAGUGUGUGUGUGUGUGUGUGUAACUCUAUGCACUACCUGGAGCUCACCAUUCCUCGGUUUGACUGUCGUUCUGACACUGCUAAUUUUUAUUUAUUAGUAUUGUUUGAAUGUUUUCCGUUUUGUUUAUUUGCUCAUAAAUAUUCAUCACAAGGGUGAGUGACCUUAAAAACCUUCACCCUGGCAAGAGGUGGUGGUGUGCAGGUGCCCCCUGGUGGAGAUUUACAGCUAAACCCUCAUCAGCAUCAUCAGCAGCUAACAACUUUUUUUUCCUACCCACAUUAUCUGUUUUGGUGACCACAGCAUUCAGCUUCAUUUGGAAAAGAGCUUUCACAGCACAAGAAGCCACCUGGUGUGUGUGCGUGUGUGUGUGUGUGUGUGUGUGUGUGUGUGUGUGAUUUUGUGUGUGCAUGAGAGAGAGAAUGAGCGAGAGACUUUAUUUAUGAAGUGCGAAUUGUGAAUGUAUGUACCUGAGUUGCAGUGUCUGUGGGCUCAGAAGUCCUAAUCAUGUGACUAAUACAGGACAAUUGGUCCAUUCAGCUCUGCAUAUCAAGUACGUCUGGCUUUUUUUAAAGUCACAUAGAUGUAAAUAUAAAUAAAUUAAUCAACCUAAACACUCUAA